AUGGGCACGUGCGGAACUAUCUCCUGUUCUGGUGAAGAUAUUUCUUCCAAUGCUGCUGCUGAUGCUGCUCCUGAUGGUGGUACUGCAGCUUCGGCCGCUGCCACUAUCCAAUCUUCUGCCGCCCAGUGUGCCGCCCAGUGUGCCGCCCAGUGUGCCGCCCCUGGCACUCUUUUUGAACACGGCGGCCUGCGAUGGGUGCUGCCGCCCGGGACAAGCAUGGCUGCAGAAGCUGCCAAAAGCAGCAACCCACACAGCAACCAGGAACCAUCCUCAUCAGCAGCAGCAGCACCCGUGACAGUGGCAGUGAGAGCAGUGGUGUGGGUGGGCAGCAGCGACGAAUGCCCAUCUCUCAUAACCCUCGCACUAGAGCACAACCAGACCCCCAUCUUCAGACUCGACCCCACCCACCUAUCUGUUGCUGCUACCGCUGCUGCUACUGCUGCCGCUGCUGCUACUGACAGCAGCAGCAGCAACACCGCCCCUCUCUUCCACCCUGUAGACCACUCCCGCUUACUCCGCCGCCGCUACUACCUCGUCGAGAAGACCAAAGACGCGUCCAUAAUCGGCAUCGUCGUCAUCUCCCAAUCCGCCGGUGCUGCUGCCGCCUCCACCCGGGCUACAGUCGCCGCGAUUCGCACCGCAGCGGUGGCGGCGGGGAAGAAGGCGUACGUGAUUGCCAUCCGGCGCCGGAUCACGCCCGAGAAGCUGGCGAAUUUCCCCGAGUGUGACGUGCUGGUGCUGGUGGCGUGUGCGGAGGGGGUAAUCCUGGAUGGCAUGGGGCAGGGCAGCAGUGGGAGUGGCGGUGGCAGUGGUGGUAGCCGGGCGUUCUAUGCCCCCGUGGUGACGCCGUUUGAGGCGCUGAUGGCGCUGGAGGAAGGGCGGGAGUGGACGGGAGAGUAUCGGAUGAUGCUGGAUGCUGCUGGGGACAUGGCUCUUUCUGCUCUGCCCGUUUCGAUGGACUCCUUGGCCCUGGCUCGGGCGUCCGGCCAAUCUGGGUACGCCAUGUCAGCGGCGGUGGAAGCGCGAUCGGGAUCGGAGUUUUUGGCGCUGCGGCGUGACUAUAAGGGGCUGGAGGUGCCCUGGUUCAUGGCGCCUGGUGGGACGCCUGGAGAGGCUCCAGGAGAAGGGGUAGGGGAUGCAAGAGGGAGAGGGGAUGAGGGCGGAAGUGAGGAUGGGGGAGUGGUGGGUGCUUUCAUGUCGAAAGUGGCUCCGGCGAUUGAGGCUGUGAUAGUGGUGGAAGGGAGGGAGGGCCGCGCUGCAGGGUACCCUACUGGCGAAUUGAGAGAGCGCGCCGAUCGACGGGAGGAGAAGAGACUGAAGAACAACGCUGACCAAAAAGCCGCCACCCCCAGUGAUCCCAUAGACAUGCUGCCGGCGUACCUCUGGCACAAAGUUUUCCGCUACCUGCUGCUGCCGCCAGGCUCCUCCCAUGUCCAGGGCAGACGCAAGACGCCGUGGUAUCUCACCGCCACAACUCAGCCCACAGCCUGCAGAAACCUGCCCGUGAAAUUCGCUGACCCUGAUUUCAUGCCAGCCGGGCAGCACUGGAAGAACGCGAGGAGCUAUGGCAGUGGGUGGGCGCUGCUGUGCUGCGCCAUGGCCGGCAAGAGGCUGCUCUCGCUCGUCCUCUCCUUCUCCGCCCACCACCCCAUCGCCCUGGUAUACAACGAGCUACACCCACAGUGGAUCAAAAGCGUCGAAUUCUUCCUGUGCCAGCGCCCCCGCCUCAGGUCCCUCGCCCUCACCUUCACAAACUUCAAGCAGCUGGACUACCUCUGCUCGCCGCUCAACCACCACUUCCCCUCCCUCACCUCCCUCACCCUCAAACUCCGCGGCUGCGUCGACAAAUCUUACCUGUACGACGAUCUACCGGACGACUGUGAGGACGAUGCCGAUGAGAUGUUCUGGGUGCAUGCCUUCGACUGCCCGGCGCUGCAGCGGCUGAAGCUCGGCCGGGGCAAGUGGAACCUGCAGGAGGAAGACUGGGCUGAGGAGUUCCAGUCGCUGCGCAGCUUGACUCUCAAGCACGUGGACUGGAGCUUCGUGGACUUUGAGUAUCUCGGCACGGUCACGCCACGGCUCACGGAAUUCACGCUCUAUCACAGCUGGAGUUUGGACCGCCCGUCGUCCGGGCCUGGAGGUGGGGGUGAAUUCCAAUUCGACUUGUCCAAGGCUCAAACUGUCCGAUUCUACUUCCCACAGAGAGCCCUCACGCUCUUCCUCACCCUCUCUCGCUCGCUCAAGACCUUCACUGCGAUGGCGAAACAGCUUGUACUCUCAUGUAAGAGCAGCACCCCUCUCGCUCUCCAACACCUCUUGCUGUACGGCCAGCAGAGGCUUGUCAUCUCCUCCCUCCGCCUCGCUUCCGUACGAGUGGCCUACCUCAGCGGCCCUCCCAAAGACUACCACUCGUGCAAUGAACUGGACUCUCCUGAAUUGUCCCCUGAAUCUUCCCAGGAAUUCUCCUGGGCUGAAUGGCUGGCCCCUAUAGCGCCAACAGUGGAGGUGCUUAUAGUGAGGCAUGGGGUGCCUCUAGAGGGAGUCGACGCGGAGUGGAGCAGCCUGCGCAGCCUUGGGAUUGUCAUGGAGACAGAGGAGCGGUUUGAGGUGGAUUUGAAGGUUGAGAAGCGUCGGGAUGAUGGAGAGAAGGAGCACAUGCGAGCAGCAAACCCUUGCUUCCCUCCGCGAAUUCUGUCCGUCUCUCGCCCUGUACUGCAUCUCACGCCGCUCGUUCUACUGGGAGAAGCAGAGGAAGCAGUUGCUUGA